AUGAGUGACUGGGAAGUGACUGAAUUAGAAGGGCAACUUGACAAGUUGUACUCAGAGAUGUCCGAACUCGCUGGGCAGGGGAAGAAAUUUGUAGAAGAAGCAGAACAGGUUAAAGCAGUACAUGCGGCUAAGCUGGAAGAAGCAGAAAAGGUUAAAGUAGUACAUAUGGCAAAGCUUGAAGAAGCGAGGGUAUUAUGGGCCCGUUUGAGCCAGCUUUUGGAUCAGCGUAUUGCACGCGUUCAGAGUGAAAUUGUUGCUUGCCCUCCAUCGCCAGGAAUUGCCGGAAUUGACACUAAUUUUGGGAAUGAGCCACCUGUUGAGAGGACUUUCGAGGAGGACAUGGGUACUGCUGUGGCUGUUUGUGGUGCUCGUGAUGGUAAUGGUGAUGAGGAGAUGGGAGACCAGAACCAGGAGGGCAUUGUUGAGGAUGAGGAUGAAAAUGAUGAGGACGACGACGAUGAGGAGGACGAUGAUGAGGAUGACUAG